AAGUCAUGGCACUCAUCUCUCUCACUCUAUCUUUCUGAGUCAAUCCAAUUCACUUACCAGGCGAGCCUUCACCAUGCUUUGUUUUUUUCUCUGCUUUUCUUCGAUGCCCAUCUCUUAUUAAGAGACCCUUUUGUUUUUUGAAGCUAAGAGUCAUGGUUACUUACUGAUCUCUUUCUCACUCUAUCUUUCUGACCCUAUCCAAUUCCCUUACCAGAGGUUCAAGUGACAAGCAAGGCUGCGGUGGAAAUGUCUGCUCUCAGUAAAGAUCUUGUCUUGUUAAUCUCACAGUUCUUAGAUGAGGAAGGGUUCAGAGAAACUGCUCGCAUGCUUGAGCGUGAAAGUAGUUAUUACUUCAACAUGAAGUUUUUUGAGGAUAUGAUAUGCAGUGGUGAUUGGGAUGAGGCUGAGAGAUAUUUUUCUUGUUUCACAAAAUUAUCUGACAAUAGAUUCUCGAUGAAGGUCUAUUUUGAAAUUAGGAAGCAGAAAUUUCUGGAGGCAUUGGACAACAAGGACCGUGCCAAGGCUUUAGACAUCCUUGUGAAGGAUUUGAAAACUUUUGUCCCAUAUAAUGAGGAGCUGUUUAAGGAAAUGACUUUGCUUUUGACAUUGAAUGAUAUAAGGGACCAUGAGUCACUCUCCAUGUAUAGUGAUGCAGACUCUGCAAGAAAAGUUAUGAGGGUUGAGCUUAAGAAACUUAUUGAAGCAAACCCCCUUUUCAGCGACAAAUUGGAAUUUCCGAAUGCUGCAAGUCAUAGAUUACGACGCCUCAUAAACCAAAGUCUGAAUUGGCAGCAUGUUCUUUGUGCAUAUCCACAGCCAAAUCCUGAUAUAAGAACCCUUUUUGUGGAUCAUGUCUGUGUACCAAUUCCAUCAGAUGAUCAUUUAUUUUCAACAUUGAGUGAUAGCAAUCCAGUGCCUUCUCAAACCACAUCAAUGCUAGUUUCAACUUCCUCAGCCUCAAAUUCUACCUCAGCUUCUGAGGCUCACUCUUCAAUUUCAAGUGAAGCUUUGUCUCUCGGUGAUCCAACAAACAUAGGAAUUGCUACUAUUACAGAUGGUUCGGAGGAUAUUACUAGUGUACAUUACAGUAGUGUUCCUGAAAGUGAAAUUGUAAUCGUAAGAAGGCCUUCUGACGAGGAAAUAUCAGCUGACUCUCAUCCUGAUCAAAGCUCCAUCGACAUUUCUGAUGACUUGCCUAAGAAUGUUUUAAGGAUAUUAAAUGAGGGGUCAUCUCCAACAAGCAUGGAUUUUCACCCUGAACAUCAGACUGUUCUUCUAGUUGGAACUUCUGUGGGGGACAUAGGAUUGUGGGAAGUUAGAUCAGGGGAAAGUUUACUUUCAAGGAAUUUUAAGGUCUGGGAUAUUGCAGCAUGCUCAAAGAUUUUCAAGGCAACUUUGCUCAAGGAUCCUAGUGUUUCUGUGAAUCAUGUUGCUUGGAGCCCAGAAGGUUGUUUCUUCGGGGUUGCGUAUUCAAAACACAUAGUGCAAAUAUAUUCUUAUAAUGAUGCCAAAGAUGUACAGCAGAAAUUGGAGAUUGAUGCUCAUGUUGGUGGUGUAAAUGACCUAGCAUUCUCUGCUCCUGAGAAACAACUGUUGGUCAUUACAUGUGGUGAUGACAAGACAGUUAAGGCAUGGGAUGUGACCAGUGGUGUCAAAAUGUAUACUUUUGAAGGCCAUGAUGCUCCUGUUUAUUCUCUCUGUCCUCAUAGCAAGGGAAACGUUCAUUUUCUCUCUGCAACAUCAGUGAACAGCAACAUAAAAGUGUGCCUAUAUGAUAAUCUAGGAGCCAGAGUAGAUUAUGAUGCUCCUGGCCUGGGGUGUACAUCAAUGGCUUAUAGUGGUGAUAGAAGGCUUUUUUCAUGUGGGACCAGUAAAUCUGGAGAGUCAUUUCUUGCUGAAUGGGUUGACUCUGAAGGUUCCAUAAAAAGAACCUAUCUAGGAUUGCAGAAGAGUUCUUCGGGUGUAGUGCAGUUUGAUAUAAUGAAGAGCCAGGUUUUAGCUGCUGGUGAUGAGCAUGUGAUCAAAAUAUGGGAUAUGGACAAAGUUGAGCUUUUCACAACCAUUGAUGCUGACGGAGGCUUACCAGAAAACCCCCGUGUUCGAUUCAAUAAGGAAGGCACGCUGUUAGCUGUUUCUGCAAAUGACAACAAAAUCAAGAUCUUGGCAAAAGAUAGCGGUCUCCAUUCACUGCAUACAUCACAAAAUUGUUCUGAUGAUGCUUCUAGAGAUCUCUGUCAUAACUUUAAGAAGCUUGGUAUUGAACCGAGUUCAACUGUUGCUUGUGCUGGAGCUGCAGAUGAAGCUGUCAUGAACAAUGGAAACCCAGAAAACCCGGAGGUAGUGAAAUCUAAAAUUACCGGAAAAUCCACUACAUCAAAGAGCAGGAGGCUCAUUUUAAUAACAAGCCCUUCUCAGUUCCAGAUUCUGCGACUUCCUUCUCCCAUGAAAGCAAACAAGAUAUCGAGGCUCAUUUACAACAAUGCAGGUAACUCCAUUUUGGCAUUAACAUCAAAUGCCUCCCAUUUAUGUUGGAAGUGGUCACAGAAUGACACUCACUCGAGUGACAAGGCAACUGCAAAAGUGCUCCCUCAACUGUGGCAACCCAGUAGCAGCUCAGGACUGAUGACAAAUGACCUUACAGGCAGCAGCCCUGAAGAGGCAGUUCCCUGCUUUGCCCUGUCUAAGAAUGAUUCAUAUCUCCUGUCAGCAUGUGGAGGGAGAAUUUCUUUGUAUAGCUUGCUGAAAUUCAAGACAAUGCUGCCUAUCAUGCAACCACCUGCAGCAACUUGUAUUGCUUUCUACCCUCAAGAUAACAACAUACUUGCUAUAGGGAGAGAUGAUUUCACGAUUCUAAUUUAUAAUGUCCGUUCAGCUAAGGUUGAUACCAUACUUGAGGGUCAUUCUAAACGAGUCUCUGGUCUUGCAUUCUCUAAUGAUCUGAAUGUACUUGUUUCUUCAGGAGCAGAUGCUCAGAUUUUUGUCUGGAAAGUUGAAGGGUGGGGAAAAGAGAGGAGCAGAUUCUUGCAGAUUCCCAAUGACAGAACACUUUCUUCAUUAUCAUUAGAUACAGACAUCCAGUUUCGUCAGAAUCAGACAGAAUUCCUUGCAGUACAUGAGACUUGCCUUUCAAUCUAUGACGCCAGAAAAUUAGAGUGUGUGAAGCAGUGGAGUCCAGGCGAUUUUGGAGCACCAAUCUCCCAUGCAACAUUCUCGUGUGAUGGCCAGAUGGUGUAUGCUAGCUUUGAAGAUGGGCUUGUAUCUAUAUUUGAUGCUUCGGAUUUUCAGUUAUACUGUCAGAUUAAUCCAACUGCUUACCUUUCUCCCACUUCAAGUCUGGGAGUGUAUCCGCUUGUCGUUGCCGCACAUCCUCAGGAACCUGACCAGUUUGCAGUGGGACUGAAAGAUGGUGCUGUUAUUGUCUUUGAGCCUCCAAUUUCUGCCGGUAAAUGGAGUAUGCUGACAGCAUAUGAAAACGGAUCAGCUAGUAAAAUACCUGCUGAAUCCGAAGCUAAUCAGUGAGAAUUCAGAGUAUGAAAACUAUGCUCAAACCUUGGCUGGCCAAGUGUGUGUAAAUACAGAUGUUUGUCUUUGUAACGAGUAGCUAAGACAGUAAUUUAUGGUAUCAUCCAAUAAGAUAUGCCAUAGUCUAUGAAAAUAAAACGUAUUACCAUUAGUUUUCCAA